AUGGGAGAUACAAGUAACCGGGUGGCUUCCAGGGAAGAUCACAGCCUUGAAGCUCUAUGGUCGGAGCACCGCCAACUGGUAAGGAAGACUGAAGAUAUCGGCAACAAUCUGGAAAGAUUGUUCGGAGAAAUGCGCCGGGAAUUGAGGUUGAUUAACGCUUGUCUUGAUCGGAAUACACACGCUCGAACGGCAGCUCCGGCGAUCAUACCGGCAGCGAGACGGGAGCCCGCGACGGACAGAGAGCGUCGACAAGAAAUUCCAAGGCCAGUGGAUUCAGAAUCUGAAACUGAUUUGCGGCAUUUCAAUUCAGGCGAACUCACUGAUUCGGAAGAAGAACCUGUGAUGAAUCGAAGACGUCGCCCGAACAUCAGAGAUCAGUAUCAUGGUGAAUUUCGGGUUAAAUUAGAUAUACCCUUUUUUGAGGGCAAAUUGCAUUUAGAGGAUUUCUUGGAUUGGGAGAGGGCUGUGGAGACUUUUUUUGAGUAUAUGGAGAUUGAGCCCGAGAAACAAGUAAAAUAUGUGGCUUGCCGACUCAAGGGCGGAGCCGGUGCUUGGUGGCAGCAAGUCAAUCAGUCCAGGAGAAGGGAAGGAAAGGGUAAUGUGCGGAGUUGGCAUCGUAUGAAACAACUAUUACGAGGUCAAUUCUUACUAAGAGAUUUUGAACAAAUGUUGUAUAUGCAAUACCAACACUGCUCGCAAGAUUCCCGAUCGGUGAAUGAUUAUACUGAAGAAUUCUAUCGGUUGAGCGCGCGAAAUAACCUCAAUGAAUCAGACAAUCAAUUGGUUGCAAGGUAUAUCGGCGGAUUGAAAGAAUCAAUUCAAGAUAGGCUUGAAUUGAAUUCGGUUUGGUCAUUGUCACAAGCCGUUAAUUAUGCCCUCAAGGUGGAGAAUCAAUGGAAAAGACAGUCACAGAAUCGGCCAUUCAGAAGGAAUUUUGAUUUGUCAGCUGACAACAAUCGAUUGAAUUCUCAAAGUGUUUUCGACAAUAGCAAAACAGUGACGGGUCCAAUUACCACAAAUGCAGCCUCCGGCAGUGGGAAGAAACUGAUAGAUCCCAUGGAAAUUCAGAAGGGUAAAGGCCCUGUGAGAGAGAACCCGUAUGCUAAGCCUUCGGGUAUCAAAUGUUUUAGAUGUUUUCAAGUGGGCCACAAAUCCAAUGAAUGUCCGACUCGGGCACAGAUUCAUGUGUUGGAAGGCGAAGAAGACGAGGACAUAGAAGAGGACAGUGGAGAGGCAGAUGCCGAGGCGGAAGAUGUAAGAGGCGAUGAAGGGGAACCUUUGGUUUGUGUGCUACAAAAAUUACUUAUUGCUCCGAGACGACCCGUCCGAACUCAACGCAAUGCGUUGUUCAAAACUAAAUGCACAAUCAAGGGUAAGGUUUGUGACUUACUCGUGGACAGCGGUUGCACCGAGAAUGUCAUUUCUCGUGCUGUAGUUCAGGCAUUACAACUUAAAACGUCACCCAAUCCCAAUCCGUAUAAAAUCAGUUGGGUGCGGCGAGGAAUAGAGAUUGCGGUGACUGAUAUGUGCAAAGUAUCUUUGUCCAUUGGCCGCCAUUACGUAAGUGAAGUUCUAUGUGACGUAGUGGACAUGGAUGUGUGCCAUUUGAUUCUGGGAAGACCGUGGCAAUUCGAUGUGGGAGCAGUGUAUGAUUGCCGCGCAAAUACUUAUGCAUUCGAGUGGAAAGGCAAGAAGUUGAGACUUCUACCGCAGUCUCUGGAACAAGAAAACAGCAUACACAGUGGCAAGACCGCCCUAUUUGCUGUUACUCACAAAGCCCUGCUUAAUGCUUGGAAGGAAUCCGAAUGUAUUCUGGCUUUAGUCGUCUCUGAGCAAAACAACACCAUUGAGUCACAAAACUUACCGAGCCGCCUCAAGCAAUUAUUACGAGAAUAUGCAGAUAUUGCACCGGCCGAAUUGCCAUCUGAAUUACCGCCUGUUAGAACCAUUCAACAUCAGAUUGAACUGACUCCGGGAGCAUCAUUGCCUAAUCUGCCGCACUAUCGAAUGAGCCCGAACGAGCACAAGACGUUACAGCAGAUUGUUGAUGAGUUGCUAGAUAAACAGCUAAUCCAACACAUCCUCAGUCCUUGUGCUGUACCUGCUCUGUUAGUGCCCAAGAAAGAUGGCAGUUGGAGGAUGUGUAUUGACAGCCGCUCUAUAAAUAAGAUCACGGUUAAGUUCCGUUUUCCAAUGCCGCGAAUGGAAGAUAUGCUGGAUAAAUUGGUAGGAGCUCAGAUUUUCUCCAAAUUAGAUUUGCGCAGUGGCUAUCAUCAAAUACGGAUUCGGCCGGGAGACGAGUGGAAAACAGCUUUUAAAACUCGCCAAGGCUUAUAUGAAUGGCGAGUCAUGCCAUUUGGGUUGUGCAAUGCUCCGGCGACAUUUAUGAGGUUAAUGAAUGAAGUUUUAAAACCAUUCUUAAAUAAAUGUUGUGUCGUAUACUUUGACGACAUAUUAGUGUUCAGCUUGACACUAGAAGAUCACCUGAAGCAUUUAACAUCAAUUUUUGAGGCCCUACGACACAACAAGUUAUACUUGAAUACUGUUAAAUGCGAGUUUGCAACGCCUCAAGUCGCAUUUCUUGGGUUUCUAAUUUCGGCUGCCGGAGUGGAGGUGGAUCCUCGGAAGAUCAGUGCUAUUCGUGAUUGGCCGGAACCUCGCAGUUUUUUUUGA